UUCCGAUCUGUCUUGUUGUUACAGUUCAACGAGUGGCGCAAAGACAUGCGAAGAGAGGGCCGCUUGGAGAAAGAACUCGACGAAUCCUAUGGCUUCUUCCUUGCAGACUCCGAACGAUCGGCAAAGGAAGCAUGCCAAAAUGGACUGUGCGUUGGAAACGUGAAGACUGGCUGUUUGGGCACACCCAAAAUGGGAGUGUAUCUGUGCAGCUUCUCGGAUGUCCUCCAGCCAAUGCAGCUGCCUAUCGGUACAGGUGUGAUGCUCAUCUUCAAAAUGUGCAAGGGGAGAGUGCAGACACUGGAGCGACCCAGUAACCCGUCGUCGCAGUUCGACUGCCACGUGUCUAAGAAGUUGGCCUUUGUGAACUCCUCUUCCAACAACGACUGCUUUGUUCACAAACACUCACAGUGCUACCUAUUUGAGUUUGGAGAGUUGGACAUCUGUCGUCGACCGCGCCAGGUCUGCCCGUAUGCCAUGGUGGCCUUCUCUUACGAAGGAGACGGCAUAUCCGUUUCUCUCAGGGACAAAAGCCGACCCACUGUCCAGAGCACAGCUAAGGUCACACCGAAACGACAUUACAUUGUGUGGGAAGGCCAGCUAAUGAACAAGGGACAGAACCUCGGACAAGUCACCCUCAAGUCGAUGCAGCUCUCCGUGCUGCCCAUCGCACUCCCGGGGAAGAUUGAGGUGGACAACACGGUGAGGAAUGAGCACGUGAUGAAAAUGCUGCCCCGUCGUGUCUUCAUGAAAUACCUCUACGCCAACAGCAAGGAAGUGAACGUGUAUAAGUGGUACUGCUGCCUGUUUGAGAUGUCCAGCGCCUACGAGUACACCUCGCAGCCGCGGCUCGAAGCUCUGCAGGCGAAGCUGAAGAGGGAAGAGACGAUGCUGGUCAAGUUUCUGGAAGAUGGAGGCUUUCUCUUGGUGUUCCCACCCGGAGUGAUAGUGAAUGAGAAAUCUCACGAUGUGGAGAGCAGCAACUUGAAGGCCAUGUUUGUCUUCAAGGAGCCAAGAAUCGUCAUUGGCAACACCGGCGCGCCGGACACAACCGCGUCGGACACAACCGCACUGGACACAACCGCACUGGACACAACCGAAGUAGACACAACUGCACCGGACACAACCGCACUCAAGACCCCGCUCGGACUCAAGUCACUCCUCACCGCUCAGCACCAGCUGCAGGAGGAAGCACACUUCCACCACCAUUGGAAGGGCAAGCAGUCGCUGCCACUGGUGCCCAUGCCUUGCUCACGCCUGCGCCACUGCUUCGAGUGGCUUUUGCGUUGCGCUCCAGCGUGGCCACCGCCGCCGUCGUCACUGUCGUCGUACCAGCCAGAGGAGGUGCCGCACAAGAGGAGGGCAACGCGAGUGCCAGGCAAAGCGCUCCGUACCUACCUGGACAGGCCCGACAGCUUCAUGAUUGCCGUGCCGACCGAAGAUCAGAUGAUGGGCGCCGGCGGCGGGUGUGUCACUCGCCUUGGCCUGUGGGAGGCGGAAGACCCCGACCUGUCGUACCUACGCCCCGCCAGAAAGAAGAGCCGGUUCGGCAUCGAGGCAAGGGACGUCGGGGAGGUGGCGAUGAAAUGGGAGAUGAACGACGGCGGUGGCGGCGGUUUGGACAAUGACGACGCCGAGGAUCUCGACAGGCUAGCGAUAUCGCCCGCCAGAGAGAGGGACUGCGGGGAGAUGUUAAGAUGGCGGUGCUCGGAGCAGGAGAGCACAAGGAUGGGAGGGGACGCGGCCGAAUACAAGCAGACCGACAUCGAGCAGCUGCUGGCGCUGGUGCUCGCCAAGAAGAUGGUGGAGCAGAACAAGGACAACAUAGAUGUGGACGGAGUCCUCGGCUUGGCAGAGAAAGCUUUCUUUGACCACAACGGCCUCGUAAGGGGAGCGUAUCAGAGCACGUUGGAGGAGAGCCGCGUGAUCAGCUGGGAUGGAUGCUACGAUUUCGGUGGCGACUGGCCACACACACAGGACUCGUUGGAGUUGUGUGUGCUACGAGCAGUAUACGGGCCUUAUAAACCAUUGCUGGAGAAUGAGCUGAUGGACACCUGGAAGAUGCUGCUCGCUCGGGAAGUUCUGCACGGAUGCAACGAUCCCCAGGACUCCGCCACCAAGGAACAAUGGAAGGACAUGGGCCUCGCCUACAGGAAGACCAUCGACCGAGACAUGAUCACUUGCAAUUUCAACAACAAGCAAUACUCCGCUGCCAUGGGCUUCCCGGCGACCCACGAACCCGUGGACGACCUGCCGGCUAGCAGCCCGGGCUGGAAGCUCGUGACUCUCACAGGGCUGAGGAAGAACUCUCUGCCUGAGAACUACGUCAACGAAUGUGACCCACGCUAUUCUCACUGCAACGCCUCCACCAGGCUCCCUGAUCACGUUAUUUGUUUUCCAGGCACAGGGGAGAUGGCAUUUGAUGACGGCCCGGUUGCUUGCGCUGAUUUCCCGCGUGAGAUUCCACUGCUCGAGGAGGAGGAGAGGAGGAGGUGCAGCGGUGGCGGUCGUGGGGGGCUCGCAGACCUGCCGAGUGGGGGGCCGCAUUUCCCCCACAAUGCAGAGGGGGAUCUGUCAUUGCCCUGUAAACUCGACGCCCCCAGUUUCCUACUGGCCUCCGAUGGAACCCCAACCGCCAACCUCGCUGACCUCCCCGCGCCGCAAACUCAAGAUGUCUUCGCCUCCAUGAGGCAGAUGGUCAGCAAUUUGUGGAGUGGCGGCGUUGAUAGCGGUGUCAAUGGUGACACCCGUGGUGGUGUUGGUGAUGGUGACUCCAAUGAGAGCGAGGGCUUGGAUGAUAACCCGGACGGUAACGUACACAGCAAGCGGCUGCUCGGAAAAUGGGUCAAACACGUCAAGUCCUCUGUCACGAAAUCAAGCAUGUCUUCGGCGUCCACCUCUGAUUCCGAUGACUGUGCCGACUUUUUCCCGCGUUUUCCAUCGCUGUUGAAGUCUGCUCCCGGGCAUCCGAUUUUACCACGCGGCCCGUUUUGUGGCUGGAUUGAACUUGAGGAGCCGGUGUUGUCUCUCGUACGCUCGAUGGAUGAGAUCGCCGGCGUGGCAGAGCCGUCGAUACCACCGCUGGACCAGCUGGACAGGUGGUGGCAGCAGCAGCAGUGUCGCCCUGGGGAGGUCAAGAGUCGACUCGGGCAGUCGCGGCGCUUCAAGAAGCUGCAUCCUGUGGACGAGGUCGCCGACGACUGUGCCACCAUGCUCGCGCGGGAGAUGGAUGGCGUGUGCCGCUCGGCGGGCUGGGAUCUGCGGUUGCCAGCCGGGGGUCGGCAGGCGGUGCACGUGCCGCUGGCAGAUGGAGUCGGCACCGACGCCGACACCUUGAUCUACCAAAUGCGGGAGCAGCUCAAGUCGGGGUCGCUCGCCAGCAAGAUCUGCAGCUACCUGAAGCGUGUGCAGAAGCAUAACUGGAUGCACGCAUCUGCUGGUGAUGAGCAAGGUGAAGAAGAUGAGGAGUCAAACCACAGGACGUCGACGACGGCCGCUGUGCGGUCGUACGAGAGGGUGUCGCUCGACGACUCGUACUUCGACAGGUGCGAUCGCCGUCGGGAUUGUGGUAUCCGGCAAGAGGCGGAAGUGGUGACGAUGGCGGUUGACGUUCAGGAUUUCCAAGCCGGCUCUUCCAGGAGAGAAGAUGGGGAUGCGUCGGUGGCGGCGUGGUCACCAACUGUGGAGUCCGUGAUGUGGCCGGGAAGCCCGGUGAGCAUGGACCUGGAUGAAGACUCGGAGGGGUGUGAGGACGAGGCGGACGUGAGGGUGACAGGGUCGGAGGUCAAAGGAGGAGGAUGGGGUGACUUGGUGGAGCAGCGAUGCGAUGCGACUCUGGCAAGCAGUUCAGUCGUUCACGCUCACCACAUUGCCAAGCCCAGCAAGACCGACCUCCCUUGGGCAGCCUGGAUCUGUUCCCAGCCAGACACAAGCGGGCGUCUGGGUUGGUAUCCGUCCUCUGUGGAGCUACCGCCGCCACACCCCAUCGGCGGCGUUCCGCCAGAGACCACCUGCCUGCGCUUUCCACACACUGAACAGCCCUCGCCUCAACUCGUCAGUACCGCCCGGCCGGAUUAUAUCACCGCCUGCCAAGUUGUGCCCGUCGGUAUCGGCGCCGGCUCUCUUCCGAGCACACUCCAGCCGGAGGUUGUGUCAGCGGACUUGAGUUUGGGCCCGGCGGCAGCAGUGGCCGGGCAACCGAGCGCAACGCAAGCAGUGCCAGGCUUGGUGGACCAGCGAGACGCCUUCUACGUGCAUGGCUCUCCUGCCGAUCCUGAGCUGGAGCCAAUUAGGGAAUACCUGCGGCUGCAGAACUGGGAGGAGAUCCAAGACGGGCGACUGGCCGAAUAUGAGACUAGCGGCAAACGAGCGCUGGUCGUGAUUAGAAAUAAGGACAUCGGAAGCAUCCUGCACACGAUCCCACGGCUGCUGCAGUUGCGACAAGCGUCGUCGGGCGUGCGCUUUGCCGGCGUGGACGGCCUUGCUGACAUCACGAACCGCUCGUUCCGCAAGCUGCUGCACCUGGGCGGCUUCCUCGUAUCGGAUGACACUGCGCUCAAAGAGGCAGCCAGUGACCCCGGCCUGGUGCAGAAGUUCAUCGGCGUGCUGCGGUCGCUGAACUCGGUGGGCACUCGGUGGGUGUGGAAGCUGCACGGACGCAUGGUGAAGAACCUCCACACAGCUGGACGGGAGAGCUGCGUGUGGGGUGACGUGCUGUCCUUGGUGCUGGGUGCCGAGCGGCAGCAGCUGGCGGAGUUCCUCCCUCCCCACGCAUGCGACGACGCUUGCAACGCCAGCCUUGGCUUCCUGGGUUGUGCGGUCAGCUUGCAGGCACUCAGUCCGCAGUGUCGCUACACCGUCUUUCUCACCGGCAACGUGGAAGAGAACGUCAGCAGGUUCCAUAAUGCCGGCAUCGCCGUCAGCACCAUCUCGGACUUCAUCGCCAAAUUCCACCAGGGUGCUUUCGAGCCCACCCACCGGCGGAUGGCGAUGGCCGCCGCCAACGUCGCCAAGCAGAGCAAAGAGCGAGAAGCGUCCCUGCAGCACCCGCCUGAGCCCAACGCCAAGACGAAGCUGCUGAACCUUGGCAUACAGCGACCUCCGAUAUCUGUGCCUUCGGAAGAGAGGAAAGACGCCGGGAAGCAGGGCUGGCCGCUCGUGCGGCCGCUACCGUCAAAACCACCACAGCCACCGCAACCGCCGUUACCACUGGCGCAAGAGCGGCAAGCCCUGGUGGCGGCACCAGCAGCAUUGCCCGAUCUCAAAGAAAGCAACCAGACCCGGCCAAAUUUUCCACCGCCCGCUGCCAAACGUGUUCAACAGUCAGAAGGACCCAUGUCGACUGUAGCGGUAUCGGCAGCGUUGCAGGAUCAGAACGUGAGCAGCCAGUUCUGGCCGAACGUCUCGCGACCCGAACCUGACCCGCAGCCAAAAAAAGUGUCUAUGACGGCGUCAUUGGAUGGGAAGAGUCAACCUGUUAAGCACGACGAUCAAUGGCCGAAAACACUUACUGCGGAAGAGAAGGAAACUGACAACCAGAACAGUCCUCUUGUCCCCCCGUCCAUUGUGAAGUGGGAACCGCAGUCAACGCGGCCUACAUCGGUUGCUCCAGAAGUGAAGAAAGAAAGCGGUAGUAGUUUAAUCUCGGCAAGCCCCGUCCCUUCUUUUAAGCAGCAGCAACAGCAGCAGCAAAUGAGAGUGAAGAACCAGGAAACAAAAGUGGCCUCUCGGCCCUUGUCGGAUGACGCGACAAAAGUCGGUGCCCAGAGCUGCUCCCUCGUCCACUCAACCACCAUCUGUGGUGAGCGGCAACCCGACCCAGUAACGUCGACAGUGUGGGAUGAGACACUCCUCGUUGUGCCGAGUCCUUCCCCCAUUCCUCGAACACCGCCGCGACCUGAGCAGCAGCUGAAGGCAGCCACGUCGUCGGAUAAAAAGGAUACCGAGGAGCAGAGCAGCACCUCCAUCCGCCAGCCUACCAUCGAUAAAGAACAGCGCCCCAUGGUGGUGGUGUCGUCGAUGCUGCUGGACGAGGAGGGAUAUGGCAGCCGGAACAGUUGUUUGGUAACGUCGUCCUCGUCCACCCGAGAAGGGAGCCCUGUGGCGGUCACGUCCACGACAUCGCUGGGAGCAAAGAGGGGGGAAGGCAAGCGGAAGUGUAGCUCCUCCACCACCACUCUGUCAGCUCUGAGACAAGAGCCGCAGCCGAGCGUGGAAUCUUCUGCAUCAGCGGUGGUAAAGAAAGAAACUGAGCGUAGCAGCCUGGUUGAGCAGCAGCAACAGCGCACAGUUGCUUUGAGACCGUCAGGAGAGACGAGAGAAACGAUGAAAGUCGAUGGGACAUAUGGAGGCUUGGGCUGGUAUUCCGCCUCAGAAAAAGCUGCAGCACCAGUGUCCUUGGAAAAGAGGGAAGACGGCGAAGCUAGCUCCUCUGCCAUCCAUCUGUCCACCGAUGAGAACCAGCAGCGGCAGGCCACGGUGGUCUUGCCGCCAUCGCCUCUAAGAGCUGAGAAAAAAAGCGGCCAGAGCUCGCCCCGUGCCCACUCGCGUGCUGGAAAGAGUGAGCGACUGCCCAAUUCGGCUGCGUCGACACUGACAAUAGAGGUGGACGACGAUGGUAGCCAGGUAGGGCGUUUUGUCUCACCGCCUCUAUCCCCUCGCGAGCAGCAGAUUGGAGCAGCUGCUUCGGUGGUUUUGGCAGAGACGAAGAAAGAAGAAAAGCAGAGGUAUUUCAAGUCUCCGCCAUUGGUAGAGAAGAAGGAAAGAAAGCGUAAGUGGGCGUCUGUUUUGUCUUCCAGUUACAAACAAGAGCAGCAGCAGUUCAGCCAGGUUUUGUCAAAGUCGAUGGAAGAAAAGGUGGAUGGCAGACAAAGCAAAGCACCCCUCCUGCUGCUGUCCACCGUCAGCAGAGAACUGCAGCCCAAAGCGGCAGCCUUGGCGGCGUUCGAGAAGAGGGAUGCUUCCCAGAGGAGGUUUCCCAUCCUGCAGUUCGCCAUUCAUGAAGACGAGCAGCAGCUUCCGGAGCAGAAGACGGAGAGCGGCUGCACGGCAGGAACCGAGCAUCUUCCCCGAGUGGCGGUGUGCGUGUCGCCUGAAGAGAAGGGGAAAACGCAAAGGGGUUCAUCCAUCGCUAUGCACGAGGAGUGCCUGGCAGUGGUGACACCCGUGUCAAGCCAGCUGUGGGCAGAGAAGCCCCGGAGCACCCAGAACGUUUCUUGUGCGCUCUCGUCGUCGAUUUCAGAGCACGGGCAACAGUCGAAGCCAUCCCCGCAGGUGACGUUCGAAGACGAUGAAGAAACCGGCAGCCAACAGAGGCAGCUCUUCCUCCCCAGGCAUGAUAGGCAGCCCAGUCUCGCCACCCCAGUGCCGCCGGGAGAUAAUAAAGAUAAUAAAGACUCUAGCCAUAGCCGGCUCGCUACCUCUGUGCACGAGCGGCCACCAGCAGCUGAGGCGGCAGUGUCAUCGUCUCCCUAUGACAAGCGUGAAAGCAGUGAGACUUGGAUCCCUGUCGCCCCACAGCAGUCUUCAAGGAAGGAGCAGCAGCAAAAGCCAGAAGCUCUGGCGGCGGUGAUGGUGGCGGCGGCGGUGAUGGUGGCGGCGCCGCAGUUGGAGGCGGGGAAGCACAACGGUCAGGGUGAUGCCACCCACGAUAGCCUUUGGCCCAGUAUCCCAAUCCCACAGGAGGGCAACCAUGACCUCGCGGGUGACCUCGCCGGCGGCAGAAAACACAGACCGGUGACCCCACCGAAUGAGCGGGCCGAGUGCAAGAGGCGGAGGACAGACGUCGAAGAGCCGCCCGGACCGCCACCACGCGUCCCCAAGGCGGAGUCCGACGGGAAGCGUGAUGAUGAUGGCGUGAGCGAUACCCCCGAUGAGAGGAAGCGGUGCGAUGAGCAAAGGGCAAUUAGCGAUCGCUCCACUCCUCCCGCUGUGUUUCAUUUACGCGUUUCAUCUUUUUUUUCAUCCGGCGACAACGCAAAAGGUCAACGGGGUGCGUUGCUCCUUCAAGGAGAUGGGCAGGUUAGAGUCGGGGGGUUGCCUGACCGGUCCAGGCUGACGGUUCACCCGCCUUGCCAGAGUGAGCGCAAGAAGAAUAUUUUGAAGCCGCUGUCGCUCUGGGAGGAGAUAAAGUUGCGACACAAGCAGGGCAACCAACACACGGCGGGAAUGAUGAUGGCAGCGGUGGCAGCGCAUGGCAGGGAGAAGCCAGGCAGGGCCGACGGCUCGACGGCGAAGUCAAAGAUGGCGGCAGCGGAAAUGCAAUCGCCGGCCGCGUUCCACCGGGACGGCUGCACGGAGAAGCGCACAGAGACACCGAGCGGAGAUCGGCAGCACUGGAAGACUCCCCCAGAGAGGAUGAGGAUCACGAAGAGCAGUGCAGAGGAAGAGUCCGAGAGGAGGAGGAGACGUUCUCCGGGUCGAGACGACUCCUUAGACCGCGGUCUGCAUUCGUCGCAGGCACCACACACACAGCCCUGGUGCCAGACAGGAGACCCAGAGCAGAAUAACAAGGACUCCAGCACCACUGACGCCACAUCCGCCAGUGCCAGCAGCAGGUGUCCAAAUGAGGAGCCAGGCACCACCGACACCACCGCAAUGACAGUCCUCCCUGCCCCGCCGAAAAUACCGCCACAGCCGCCGCUCCCACCCAGCAGCCCCCCUCCUCCGCCACCAGAACUUCCGCCACCACCACUACCAGAGUGUCCACCCCCUAAAUCGCUGUCACCGCCAAGGCAACCGUCUGGUUGCGCACUGCAGCCUGUUUUGCCGCCGCCGCCACUGCCACCGCUAUUCCUGUCACACGCAUUGCACCAGGGGGUGCAGCCGUGCCUCUCGCGACCUGGGUUCGUGCUGCCACCUCCUCCCUGCGCGACGGUGCCGCCCCCCUCUUGCCCGAUAGCGCCACCCCAGUUCGGGAUGAUGCCGCCCCCUUCCUGCCCGACUGUGCCACCUCCUUCUUGCCUGACUGUGCCACCCCCUUCCUGCUCGACUGUGCCACCCCCUUCCUGCCCGACUCUUCCGCCCCCUUGUCCGACCGUCCACCCAAAUAGCCCUCCGCCUGUUCAACCGCCUCCGUGGAUGUUCGUGGGGACGGCUGGCACCCUUCCAGGCCCAACGGCAGCUGCCCUACCGCCACAGGCCAGCCCGGCACAGACGUACCAGCAGCCGUACCACUAUUUGCCACACUACAGCGGGCCUUGGCAGCCACCCUCUUAAGUUGGCGCUGAAUAUUUUCCAUGUCGAUUGUGGUCUGCUGAGUGCAGAAAUAUUCUCUCGGGUCGGCUUCCCACAUAGGGUGACGGUGCAGCCCUGCAAUUUCUUCCCUGCUUCACGACUGGCAGCAGAAAGGCCCUCUGCAAGAGGAAGCUCUCAGGAAGCUCUCAGGAAGCUAUCUUGAGAGGAUAGGAUAGUUGGCCUCAUCUACGCUGGCCAGUAUUCUUGGAAGAGGUGGAAGUACCGACAAUUUGGUCCACCGUGUGCGGGCGGCCCUGCUGAUGGAUAUAGCUGUGAACUGAACAGGUUUAAAUUAAGCUCUGGGCAUGAAUAAUCUUCAGGCUGGGUCAGGUAUUGCAUCUGAAACUGUAAAGCACAGUUUUUUUACAUCCCUCAGCGCAUUUCUGGCUUACAAUUUAUCCAGCAAUGUCUCAGAUGUGGCAGUUUUGCCGUGAUAAGUCGAUUUUUGUUUAACAGUUUUUUGUGCGAUGAGCUCACGCCGUGCGUCUCCACUGUGGAAACAUGGGCGGUUCAAAGUCAUGAUGCACCAUUUCAAAGUGUUGUCUGGAGAUUUACUACCUUUUUCCAAUAAAAAGUUGGGCUGUGUUUAAGUACAUGUCUGUAAUAACGUCCAAUAAUGUCUGAUAAAAAAAUCUAUUCGGCAAAAAAAUCUGAAGUAUUUCGCCAAUUAGCCACCACACUGGAAUUGAGCACUCAUGGCGAAAUUUGCUCCCAAUCGUUUGUAUUCUGUCAAUAACUUACGUUUCGAAAUGCGCCAAAAGUAUAACAAACAUCUUAGAAAUUGAGGUGCGGCGUUUGUCGGGAGUGUUUUUUUACAUCCAACCUUUUGUCAGGUGGUGCAUUCUGCGACGGAUGCACGGUGGUGGGGAGAGAGGGGGGAUUUGAAGUAUUGGUGUUUUGCCGUUUGGUCCAUGAGAUGUGUUAUGCUCGUGUGGCUGAUCAAUGUUGAAGCCCAGACACCAAACUCGCAACACCAAAAGCAUAUUUUCAGACCGUGUAGAUAACAAUGUGCACUUGUGACUUCCGCCAGGCACACGCACCCCACAUUGUUGGUGGUGCUGAACGAAAGUAAAGUUAAUUGACGACAUUAGCGUCAUGAAUAUCAGUAAUCUUACCCAACGGUGUGCAUGUGUAAAUAAACUAAGUGCGAGAAAACGAAA